AUGGAUGGUCUGCAUUACAGUAUGUGCCAGAAGCGAGAGUUUGGAUGUCCAGCGAAAUAUAGCAAUGCAUUUAAGCGGCUCGAAGAGCAUGAAGACUCCUUGCGAAGCUCGAUACAGAGUGUUUUUUCAAGCUUUCGCACAGCACAACCUUUCCUUGAUAGAAGACCAAGAAGAGCAGCGCUGGUUGUAGGCGUGGCAGUAGGCGUCGCCCUCACCCCAGUAGCCACUACGGCAGCGCUCUCUGCCUAUGGGUUCGGAGCUGCUGGACCUGUUGCUGGCACUGCCGCAGCUGCCGCUCAGUCAGCGAUUGGAAAUGUCGCGGCAGGGUCCCUAUUCGCAUCUUGUCAAAGCAUUGCAAUGACUAGCGUGCCUGUGGCUGCCUACGCCGUCGGGGGUGUCGUCGGAGGUGCUAUUGGGGGUGCCGCAUCGUUUGUAGGCGGACGUUUAGCUAAUUGGUUCUGA